AUGGGAGCUGUGCUCUCCAGGGAGUUCAAGGAGGGGCCUGGCGCCCGCGCCUGCCGCCGGCUGCGGCGGCUGUGGAGCACGGGGUACUGGCUGGGGUCCAACGUGGCGUGGAUGGCUGUGACUUCCGCAAUAUGUUUGGUGGCUCCUGUGAUAUUCUAUUACGAGCGCGAGUGCCAGAUGUUUGAAAUGCAGCAGCAGUUCAUGGAAGCCCAGCAAGCCGCAGCGCAGGCGCAGCAGCUGCAGCAAAUGGCGGGCGUCUAG